AUGUCCCUCUCAGAAGCCGACGCAAAGCGCGAAGUCCGCGCCUGGGGCUUCCCGCGCGUCUACACCUGGACAGACCGCGCGAACGCCCACUACGCCCCGCACACCCACCCCGGCAUCACCACGCACCUCAUCCUCUCCGGCACCUUCACCGUCACCUACCCCGACAAACCAGACGCGCAGAAGGAGACCUUCGGGCCCGGCGCGCGCAUCGACGUGCCCGCGGGCCAGCUGCACGAGGUGUGGAUCGGCGAGGAGGGGUGUACGUAUGUUAUCGGCGAAUGA